AUGGAGUGGGCAGUGGGACGAAUGAGAGAUGGUGGUAACUUCUCCACUGCCUUUCCCCUAGAAGACAGCUGUCCCCAGAGGCAGCUCUGUGGGGGGAACCACGCAGCCACCGAGAGGAUGAUCCAGUUUGGGCGGGAGCUGCAGGUGCUGAGCGAGCAGCUCUGCCGGGAGUACGGGAAGAACACGGUGCACAAAAAGAUGCUGCAGGAUGCAUUUAGCUUGUUAGCUUACUCAGACCCUUGGAACUGCCCCGUCGGUCAGCAGCUGGACCCCAUCCAGAGGGAACCUGUGUGUGCUGCUCUUAAUAGUGCUAUUUUGGAAUCUCAGAACCUGCCAAAGCAGCCCCCGUUGAUGCUUGCCCUGGGCCAGGCCUCGGAGUGUCUGCGGCUCAUGGCUCGUGUGGGCUUGGGCUCCUGCUCCUUUGCCAGAGUAGACGACUAUUUGCACUGA